CUUUGGAAUGCGAAAGCCGGGAAGAAUUUGAGGGAACACAACCUCUUCCGGCCAACUCAUCUGAACUCUGCUGUCAGUUCAAAUGUGUCACUUUCUGUCUUUCUGUCAAACAAUCGAUCGCUUCGUUUUAAAACAGACCGAGGCUGUCAAGUAAAGUCAUCAGGAGAGAUGGUGUUGCUGACUAUGAUCGUUCGAGUCGCCGAUAGUCUUCCUCUCGCUGCAUCGAUGCAAGAGGACGAGCAGUCAGGCCGAGACCUACAGAGAUACCAGAGUCAAGCCAAGCAGCUCUGCCGAAAACUGAAUGAGCAGAGCCCCGCGCGAUGCACUCUGGAGGCAGGAGCCAUGGCCUUCCACUACGUCAUUGAGAAAGGAGUGUGUUACUUGGCCUUAUGUGAAGCAGGAUUCCCCAAGAAACUGGCGUUUGCGUAUCUGGAGGAUCUGGAGGGAGAAUUCAGUGAGCAGUACGGGGCAAAGGUGCCUUCAGUGUCUCGGCCGUACUCUUUUAUCGAAUUUGACACAUACAUUCAGAAAACCAAAAAGUCUUACAUAGACAGCAGAGCACGAAGAAAUCUGGGCCACGUCAAUUCAGAGUUACACGAUGUCCAGAGGAUCAUGGUUGCUAAUAUCGAGGAAGUGCUCCAGCGUGGAGAAGCCUUAUCUGCCUUGGAUUCCAAAGCAAGUAAUCUGUCCAGCCUUUCUAAGAAGUACCGCAGCGAUGCCAAGUAUCUCAACACACGCUCCACCUACGCUAAAGUGGCCAUCGGAGCCGUGAUAUUCAUCACACUCAUCGUUUAUGUGCGCUUCUGGUGGCUGUGAAUGUAUGUGAUCAAUUCAAGCAGAAACUCUCAGGGCCUCACUCACAAAGAUGACUCGGACACCAGAGAGUCUGUUCUGGCCUUAAAGUUGUGUCCGUUUGAUAUGGAAACCCGUUACUGCAACUUAAUAAAAAAAUUAAACGAGGUAACUGUGACUUUAUUUCUCAUUGUUGCAAGGUCUCAUCUUGCAAUUCUUACUUUUUAACACACAAUUGUUAUAAAGUCAAAAUUGUUAGAUAUAAUCAAGCAAUUCUGACUUUUAUUCUCGUAGUUCUAAAGAAAAAGUCAGAUCUGCGAGUAUAUAUCAAGAUUUCCAGAUAAAAAGUAAGAAUCGUGAUGGAAAAGUUGCAAUUUCCUUUUUAUUUUAUUCCAUUUUUUCUCUCUCGCAGUUUUGAGUUUGUAUCUAAAAAUUCAGAUUUUUUUUUCUCACAGCUGCGAGGUCAUAAAAAGUCGCAACUACCUGGUUUUAUUUUGUAUUUAGUUGCAGAAACGGGCUUUCAUAGUUUGAGACACUGAAUGUAGUUGUCAAUUGAGUAUUUUCACUUUGUCUUUUUACAGUUGUAACAUCAGGUGUAGAUGUUAAUAAUGUACUUGUUUGUGUAUGUUCAGGAUGUUGAUAACAGAGCUAUGCAAAGAACACACAUCUGUACCUGGAGAAAAAAUUCUACAUCUUUGUUGGGAGAGAAUUUAAGAGCCCUCUGUCAAAUAUAUUUGUAAUUUGUGACUUAUGUAAAAUGUGAAGGUGCUUUUCAUAGAACAUCACAGUAAAUGCAGACAAUUGAACUGUAA